AUGACCAAGCAUAUUCCCUUAACAUUCAACAAACCUGACCGCUGGCUGAGGAUACUCGACGACUGGAACGAUGAUAAUAACCGUGAUCUGAUGAGCCAAAUUGAGAAGCUCUCGGUAACCUUCAACAACUGGAAAUUUGUCACUCACCUCCACGAAAUGAUAGCUAAAGAAAACCAAGGGCAACAAAUCAAGGAUGAUGACGCACACCGCCAGCACCUGGCGCAGGAAAUCAAACAACGAUUCAGUGCUGCCAUACGUCCUCUCAUUGACCACCUCAUAAACAGCGACAAGACGGAUGCAACAAUGACGACAAAAAAGGCCGCCCCCCUCCUCGUCCGGUUAAGCCAACUAUACCUCAACUUGGUGCCCCUACCUCAAUGGCCGGACGGACUAGACCGCCAUCCCUCCACCAUGGAGUUUUCCACCCGUGCCCUCUACAGAUCUCUAAUGGCACGGAAUAGAGAAGGUGCAGACGUGGGACGGCGCCUUCUUCUUCCCGGCCUCGAGGAAGCGUUUCGGCUCGGCUUUGACUGUACUAGCCAACUGACUACUCUGCACAUCAUCGCCACGGAAGACGAUUUGGCCUCGUUGCUAUGCAAGGCCCUUGAGGACAGAAAUAGCAAGCUCUGCGCGAACCUGGAAGAGUUCAGCGGCAGGUAUAUUCCCAACAAUCGGUACGGGUGGAAGAGGCAGCUUUGGCCCUUGUUUGUUAGGAUACCUCUGGAGGAGGAUUUUCAAGUUGGGGGAUUGUCUGGGACGCUGGCUCAAGACAGGGAGGUCGAGGUGAAAUGUGCCGACGAGGCAAUCGAGCUGUUUGUCGCGAGAUGUCCAAAGCUCAAAAGGCUGGAGGUUCAGCGGCCGCGAGAGCGCAAGUUGAGAUUGCACCCGUUAGCAGCGGAGCGGGGCCUGGAGGUGUUAAAUGUGAAUGGAAGGUAUAUGGACGACAGGCCUAUAUGCAUGACCUUGUUGGGUAGAUUGGCGACGGCAAACACGGAGAUUCAGCUUAUGGACGUGACUGCGCUUGUGCGGGACUUGCCUUGGGGCUCCUUGAUUGGAAGAUGGCUGGGCGCGGAUGUCAGAACUGGUGUCGUGCUCUACAAGAAAGGACCGGCUGCCGAAGCGUGA